GUAUUUCUUCUUCACACCGCUUCUGGUUUUUUCGCCUCCAACCCCCAAUCAAUCCGUCGACUCCAUUUCUCCCUCUCUCUCUCUCUCUCUCUCUCUCUCUCUGUGGGAGGAAGUAUAUAUCCCCUCCACCCACAUCAUCUCCCCUCCUCCUCAUCGGGAGUUCUCCUUGCAUCUUCUUCUCUUUCUUUCCUUUCUUGCUUUGCUCUUCUCCUUCUACUUCUUCUUCUGUUGCUGUUGGUAUUGUUCUUCUUCUUCUUCUUCUGUUGCUGUUGGUAUCUUCGAUGGCGACCGGGGACGCGAUCGCUUCCGAUAGGAACUACAAGGGAGAUGCGGUUCUGCAAGUGUGGUGCGACGAUGACUGCCUCCCAUCGGCCCCUUACUCUCCUCCUCCCUACUCUCCUAGGGAGGGUUACGCCUACUCGCCCAGGCUCGGCGGCGGGUUCAUGAGGUCGUCCAGGUCCCGGAGGUUCUACGAUCUUGGGUCCGACGGGCGCGAACACUUCCUCCGCUCCUGUCAUCUCUGCAAGCGGCCGCUCGGCCUGGGAGACGACAUCUUCAUGUACAGAGGGGACACUCCGUUCUGUAGCGAGGGGUGCAGGCAGGAGCAGAUCGACAGGGACGAGGCGGACGAGAAGAUGUGGAGCUCCGUCAAGGCGAUGCAGAAGGGCAAGGCCUCCGCUGUCGCCGACCAUCAGCGGCGGGAGACCUCUCCUUCCCGGAGCGACGACCUCCGCGUCCGCACCGGCACCGUCGCCGCCGGCUAACCCGGCGGAACGCCCUCCUUGCCCCCAACCAACCAACCAACCACGAUUCAACCACCACCGAGUUCCACUCGCGCUUCCUUUGUGCACCAGAAGAGGAAAAAGUAAAACCUCAACGAAGAAGAAAAAAAAAAAAAAACAAAAAAGGUGAAGAUCAAGAAGACUCGAUUCGGAAAUAAGGGAGGUCGUUUGGAUCGUAUCGGGCGUAUCGGUCCCUCUUUUGUUUUCCCGGAGUUUUGGUGAUACGGAUGUAAAUAGGCGAGAGGUCUUUUACCAGAACUGUAAAAAGAUGAGAGGUGGGUAAAUCAGCGAUGAAAAGCUCUUUUCGCUUGGACGAUGAUGCCCCUCUUCGUCUCCCCUUUCUUUUCUCUGCUCUUAUGUGAUUACUAUGAGAAAAAAAAAAUGCGAGGCUUGUUGAGUGAAUGAAUUCGCAGGGCGUUUUCGUCAUUUUAGGCGAGAGUUUGCUUUGCCUUCUUGUAGAAUAUCGCUUCCUAUGUAGCCAACACUCAAAGAAAGUUCUCUCUUCCAAGAAA